CUGAGACCUUCCUCUCUCUUUUGUAAGCAUGAGGACAUGCUCUAUUGCCUCAUGGAGCUCAGGUACCAAGCACCGGUAUUGUCUGACUGAGAGGCUUGCUUGAUACUACAGGACCAGUGAUCUGAAAGGUGUAUGGAAAUAACAUCCUUUAUCAAACCAAACGGUGGCUUAAAGGUGCGAUUUACUCUCAUGUCAUCUGGAAACUACUGAAGUUGAGAAGGUCAGUAAUUGUCUGUAUGGAGCUGCACGGCUUCAGCUGAGAGAAGAAAAGUGAGCCACGUGCUGAUCUAUGUGGUCGUCCAAUGGCGGAUUGUACACCAGUAUUUGAGGUCUCUCUGAAUGUGUAAGAUGAGAAGUGUUGGGUUGCUAAGGAACUUUCAACAAAUCACUUGUAAUCUUAAGUAAGCCCAGAGUGUAAUUAACCACGUGGGUUACUGAUACCUCAUGAUGGCAAAACACUUGGACUUCUAGCAGAAUUUGCUCUGGUAACUGGGAGAAUACAUUCAUGAUUGGAGCCCACACAUGCAGCAUUCAGGAUGUUCACUACAGUGGAUUAUGUCAUUUUUGCCCUUCUGUUGGUUCUGUCCUCGGCUAUAGGACUGUAUUAUGCCUUGAGUGGAGGGAAGCAGCGCACCACACAGGAGUUCUUGCUGGCAAAUCGCAGCAUGGGCUUCCUGCCUGUGGCGCUCUCGCUUUUGGCUACUUUUCAGUCUGCAGUGGCAAUCCUUGGAGUUCCCGCAGAGAUCUACCGCUUUGGCACUGAGUAUUGGUUCCUGGGAUGUUCGUACAUCAUUGGGCUGCUAAUCCCAGCACAUAUCUUUAUUCCUAUGUUUUAUCGACUUCGGUUAACAAGCACCUAUGAGUACCUGGAGCUUCGGUUCAGUAAAGCUGUACGUAUCUGUGGGACGGUGACCUUCAUAUUCCAGAUGGUGAUUUACAUGGGAGUUGUUCUAUAUGCACCUGCACUGGCCUUUAAUGCUGUUACUGGAUUUAGCCUUUGGGGGGCAGUGUUAUCUAUGGGGCUAGUCUGCACUCUGUACACUACUCUGCUGAUUUUCAUAGAUUUUGCUUUUUCAGAGCGUUCCAAGAAUAUUCAUCUUGAAAAUGCACUUGAGCAUCUAUCUCCCUUUGACAAAUUAGAGACAGAUAUUUCUUUCAUGUCAUGCUACGCAGUAUUCCCCUGCCAGCAGCUGGUGCUUGCCCUGGGCUGUGUCACUGGCCUCGUCAUGUUUGCUUAUUAUCAGGAUAAUCCUUCACUGAACCCGAAUGUAAUGUCCUCUCCAGAUCAGAUGGUCCUGUACUUUGUGAUGGACAUCCUGAAGGAUCUUCCUGGUCUACCUGGUCUGUUUGUUGCCUGCCUUUUUAGUGGGGCUCUCAGCACCAUUUCAUCCGCAUUUAACUCCUUAGCAACAGUAACCAUGGAGGACUUGAUCAAGCCGCACUUCCCAAACCUCACAGAGGCACGUGCUACACUGCUGUCCAAGUGCCUUGCUCUUGCGUAUGGUCUUCUCUGCCUUGGGAUGGCUUACAUUUCUUCGCUGAUGGGUUCAGUCUUACAGGCGGCACUCAGUAUUUUUGGCAUGGUUGGAGGACCGCUACUCGGAAUCUUUUGCCUUGGAUUUUUUUUCCCCUUCACCAAUUCAGCUGGAGCCAUUAGCGGCCUUGUCGUAGGACUUGUUAUGGCCUUCUGGAUCGGCAUUGGUAGCUUUGUGUCUAGGAUGCAGUCUGUCUCUGCUCCGCUGCUAAACACCACCAGUAUCCCCCAGUUUGGUAAUCUCACUACUGCAGUUAUGACCACAGUGCUGACCACACCAGCUGCCAAAAAGAGUGGCCUGCAGAAAUUCUACUCGCUGUCGUACAUGUGGUACAGCGCUCACAACUCUACUACCGUGGUUAUCGUGGGACUCAUUGUAAGCCUUCUCACUGGUCCAAUAAAGGGGCGAGAUAUUAAUCCUCGAACUGUCUUCCUUGUCCUUCCCAAACUCCUGUUUUUCUUGCCAAAGAGGUACCUGAAGAAGCUGCGUUAUGGUGUGCCGGAUAUUACAGAGGACACUCACUGUUUGUCACAGGAAUCUGCCACUGAGAAGUCUUCCAAUGGUUUCCUAAAUGGAAAUGUGAAAGUGACUGAAAAAGAGGAGAUGGAAGAAAAAUUAGCAGGCUUUGCUCGCUCAGACUGUGGACACACUUACAUUGUUCAAGAGACGUCCCUCUGAUGGCAAGAAAUGAAUCAAAUGGGGAUGCCAGUAAAAAGGGGUUUUCCUAUUUCCAUACACUACCAGAUCCCUAGGAUCCGUUGUGGUCCUAGCUAGCUAUGCUGCCUUGCCGAAGCUGAAAGCACAAUUGACAAGACAUUGAAAAUGCAGGUCCUUAUAUUAAUGAGCUGGUCAUAUCUCCUGAUCAGUGGGAAAGGAAAAUACCUCCUAAGUGUACCUCUCUGUCCGCCACCUGACGUUAACCACAACAGCUUGGUGUUUGCUGUACUUUCAUUAGUCUAUGUUAUCAAUAGAAAUGUCUGUGCACUAUCCGGCCAGUUUCAUCUGUAUUUUAAUGAGGAUUCCAAAUCCCGCAGUGCUUAGAAUUCAGUAUUUCUCACUAAGCAGAUGGCUACUUAUUGUGUAGAAUAUAAAUGAAGAAGUGAAAAGGUUGAUUUUUUUGCCAUGAGUUCCAAAUCCCAAAAUUGGUUAUUAGUAAAGUAGGAAAAAAAAAAUCAUAUUUGACCCUCUAUGGGUAGUGAGGAUGGUUCGCUUAUAAAGUAGAAACUUCACUGAUAAACCGUAUGAUCCUGGACUCACAAGUCUAAAUUAUAUUUUGCAGUAGGGGAAAGGGGCAAAUGGUGUAAAAUUGUAACUGAAGAUUAAAUAUUCUAAAUAAAUUAUAUAUUAAUAUAUGUGACUGAGCUGGACUCAGUGUUUUCAUGAGUGUCUGCUUAUUAGGGGCAAGUUUUAUAGCUCAUAUUUGAUAUUGGUUACUGUAAUCAGACCAUUUCAUAUCUGUUAUACCAAUUAUGAUAUUUACUCCUCUUCUGAAUGACAGUUACAUUAUUCACUGAACCCAGCUAGUUAAUUAAUAGUUGGAUAGAAGUAUAGUUAAUUUGAUAAUCAACCUCUCUCAGGUAUGCAGUCCCUGCUCACUAAGAAGCCUAGCAGUUUGUAAAAAGGGAGCAUCUGCAUUGCCUUAAGUAACUAAAUGAAGGCUACUUUUUUUAAUUAUCAUUUUUUUUAUUUGUCAUGUUUUUAUGGCCACAUAUUGAUUACUCUUGGGUAAAUAGUUCAUCUUCAUGUACAACAGGUAUAAACCUCCAGUGAUCUUUAGGGUUUUCUUCAGCCUCAUCCUAGUUUCUUUCUAUUUUAGGUUAGAAGCUUUGUUCUAGCCUGAAGCAUUUACUCCUCUAGUGCUGCAAGUUACGAGAGAUUCAUUCGCCUAGGUGACCAUUGUUGCAGGCUUUUGUAUAUAAGUAUUCACAAACUGAUUGCAUGUACAUUAGACUAUGACUGUACUACAUGGUUCUAGAAUGAACACUCAAUUUUAAGCGUGUAAUUGUUUUGCAAUCCUCUAGCUGAUUGCUCCAGCACCACAUCAGGGUUCUUACCAAUCUACUAAGCUGUCUAGCUGUAAUCAACCCUAGAGAAUAUAAGCAAUAAAAAGCAGCAAUGAAGGGUAAACAUUUUUCAUUGGACAAAAUGCAUUUUAAGGCAGUCUCUGUAGUUUCCAUCACUAGUCUUCAUUGUCAAUAUACACCAGAUAAUGUAAAAAAAACAGUUACUAUGCCAGAAACAUAAGAAUAUUGUAACUAAAAUAGAGUGAACCCCCUCGAAAUUCAAUAUUGUGCAUAUAAUUUUACCAGUUGUCUUCCAUUUUGUACUUAGAGACCCUUGGAAACCGACUGAGGUUACUUUUGCUAUUGCCGCUUUAGUCCUCGAUUGGUCUAUUCUUACCAUUCUCCUUGCUAGCAUUAAAGUAAAAAUUCUAGAGGGACAAGGGGAGCCUGAUGAUGUCUAAAAGUUUCUUCAUAUACCAAAUAACCUGGAACUACUUACCCAAGAGUACUAAAUGUGAGGCUGCUUCAAACACAAAUUGAUCAAUGCUAUAGUCCUUGUUUCACUUGAAUGGCAGCUUUCAAGAGCAUCAUUCAGACAUAUUCUGCAUCUUCAAAUUAAGGAACUACAUAUAAACCAAUCCUAAUCAGUCUUCACUGUAUCUGGCGAGGUUGUACAAUACUAAAAUGGUCUAUUAAAAAAAAAUGGUUUUAUUUGCUUUAUAAGAACCACUAUUGAAAUAAGUCUUUACCUUUUGAAAAAUGCCUUAACCGUCUAGUACUGUGUAAUUCCCUUGCUUGAUCCAUAGGUAGUUUGCCUAUACUAGAUUCAUAAAGAAGCUUUAGUUCCCAGUGUUCUGCAACUUACAGAAUACAAGGGAUGUCAUUUAAAGGGAUGUUAAGGUCAAAAUUGAAAUUGUACAGAAACCUUUUUUGCAAUAUACGUGUAUUAGCAAAAAUGUUUGCUGGCAUACACACAUAUGGUGCUCAUGCCCUGUGCACCCUCAUUCAAACACUUCUGUUCAGACUGCGAUGUAUAGUGUCAGUAAUGACUUUAUUUGCAUCUGAGCAAACGUGAUGUUUGAAUGCUAGUGCACAGGGCAUGUGUAUCAUAUGUGCGUAUGCCACUGAAAACGUAAUCAUUUUUACUACAAACAUUUUGGCUAAUAGAAAUAUAUUUGUAAAAUUCUUAUAUUUAAAAACUAAAAUGUAGUAAUGCACAUUUCAGUUGUGACCGUUCUUUUCCUUUAAUGGUGGUCUGGAAGCCGGGCAAAACUGGAUUUCUCCUUUUAUAAAUGUUAGUGUUAACAUGUUUUGUCGUAUAACGUGGUGAGUUGCUUGUAUGUGUAGUUAUGAAGGUUUUCCUGGUACAAGUUUUUAUUUUUGUAUUAUGGCAUCAUACUACGAGACAAAUCAUAAUAGUGUAGGCUGUGCCGGACCACUAUUAUCAGUGUCUGUGUUUGAUCUAAAAUGUGUUUUUUAUUCCCAUCUGGACCUUUGAACCACGACUCUAUCAAUAAAAAUAUUUUACAGGUAAUUAUUAGGUUAUACUUUCGUUUUUUUGGUAGUUAUCAGAGCAGAGAACGCGGGAACUUUAUGCAAAGUAUAUACCCACACUGCUUAUUGAUGUGGUCCUGUAAUAGGUCUCAUGUGAUGUAUUGGAGAUUAACCUCAGAAACACUGUUGCUGGCCUUGCCACUGAGCGUGAACUUCAGACCAACUCGAUCACUCCUCCGCUUAAGGGAGUAGAGCUCACUUAAAGGGACAUGAAACCCAAUAUUUUUUUUCUUUCAUGAAUCAGAGAAUAUAAAUGUAAAUGUUUUUAAUUCUCGGAGUACACAAAAUAUUUCGUACAAUCUAUAAAUGCCAGGUUAAGGGCAGUGGUGUAUGUAAAAUGUUUUGUUUGUGAUAUGUACUGAUUAGUUAUUACAUAAUUGGGUAAAAUAAUCCAAAUCCGGUACUAAUGACCUCUCUGCAUGAUUCUUUGUAUUUUACCGCUGUAGCUAUGUCACAAUUCCUCCUACCUGAAGCUACGCAGACAGUGCGCAAGUACUGUAGCUUUUUACAUUUUGUGUAUUUAUGGUACUGCUCAAAAAUGUGUCAGUGAUAAAUCUCAUAUACUCUUGUAUCCAGAGAAAACCAUGCAGUUCACGAGAAAAUCUUGUAAUUUUUUUAUUAUUUUCCCUUUUAUUAUACACUUUUUGGGAUAUUUGUUUUAAUGAGUUUGCUUUGAUUAUUUUGCCCAUUUAAUAUUUGAUUUAUUCUAUUUUAGUACCUGUUUAUACUUGAGCAGAAAUUUAAAGGGAUAGUCUAGUCAAAAUUUGUCUUUCAUGAUUCAGACAGGGCAGCAAUUUUAAGCAACUUUCUCAUUUACUCCUAUUAUCAAUUUUUCUUAAUUCUCUUGGUAUCUUUAUUUGAAAAAGCAAGAAUGUAAGCUUAGGAACCAGCCCAUUUUUGGUGCUACCCAGGUUCUGAACCAAAAAUAGGCCGGCUCCUAAACUUACAUUCAAAUAAAGAUACCAAGAGAAAGAAGAACAAUUUAUAAUAGGAGUAAAUUAGAGCAUGCCAUUUUAAGCAACGUUCUAUCUGAAUCAUGAAAGUUUCAUUUUGACUAGACUAUCCUUUUAAGUAAUGGUAGUCUAUGUUCAUUUAAGCCUUAAAGCAAAUUUACCUUCUCAGUGUUUUUGACGGGUAAUUUAAAAGUAAAUUCAGUAGAAGAUAGUUGGUAUCCUCUCAUUUCUCUGACCAAUGCAAUCUUAUGUUCACCAAAGUACUUUUAAAUGGUUAUGUCAUGAAUUCAUAUCUAAUUGGUUUAUAUGGCUUUGUUUUCAGCAGAAAACGUUCAUUUCAAUGUAAAUGUUAAAGGGACACUGAAUCACAAAAGAAAAAAUGUGGGUUCAGAUAGAGCAUGACAUUUUAAGCAACUUUCUAAUUUACUCCUAUUAUCAAAUUUUCUUCAUUCUCUUGGUAUCUUUAUUUGAAAUGCAAGAAUGUAAGUUUAGAUGCCGGCCCAUUUUUGGUGAAUAACCUGGGUUGUUCUUGCUGAUUGGUGGAUAAAUUCAUCCACCAAUAAAAAAAGUGCUGUCCAGAGUACUGAACCCAAAAAAGCUAGAUGCCUUCUUUUUCAAAUAAAGAUAGCAAGAGAAAGAAAAAAAAAUUGAUCAUAGUAGUAAAUUAGAAAGUUGCUUAGAAUUUCAUGCUCUAGCUGAAUCACGAAAGAAAAAAUUUGGGUUCAGUGUCCCUUUAACCUAAUAAUUCUUUCAUACCUUGAUAACUAAUGGUAUCCACAAAUGGAGUAAAACUUCAGUGUUAAUGGUUACAACAAGUCUAUAUUAUUCUGCACUUUUAGAAUCCAUCAACAACUCUUGACCAAAACCGCUUUCGAUCUUUGAGUAAAACAAGAUUAUUCAGGGAACUGCUGACUAUUCCAUGUGGCUUGUUCUAAAGUGAAUUCAUUAAAACGAUGUACUUGUGUUUGUGUCUACUUGCCAAAUGUAUGGUGCUGUUGGAAUCUGUCUUUUCUGUGGUCCAUUUUUGUGCAUUUUUAAGAUCCAGUUAAGAAUAUGUGAUGGAAAAUACGUUUUUGUUGAAUGUUUUUUUGAAAUAAAAUGCAGGUCCUAUAUAUAAAAUGUUUGAUUUGCCUCAGGUAGUAUUGUACCAAACUAUUCUUUAUUCUUGAUGUACGGUUGUUGUUUUGUCACUCCUUGACUUUGUUGGGGAUCAGUCAGAACAUAAAAAUAUUUGUCUUUUCUUGGAUGAAUAAUUGCACUGAACUUUGCCAACUGUCUUUGUAAUAAAAAUGUACAUUUUGUUUCAUUCCAUUAUUUGUACAUGAUGAAAUUGAUAAAGAUCAACAAAAAGCAAUAAACCUGAUGUAUAAGCAA